AUGUCUUAUGACCGCCUCGACUCGCUGGAGUCCCAGCCUACCACUAUGCGCAGGGAUGAAGACCCGCAGUACCGUGACGAUCCGGACUUCGACCGCCUGGCCGUCCAGCUUUCAGACCACUUAUUUGAAUUGACUGCGAAUAUUACUCGUCUAUCCAGCCAAAUCAGCCUACUCGGAACCAAGCGAGACACCGAGCGUGUGCGCGAGCGGGUUCAUAAUUACCUCCAAGAGUCCCGUACAGGGUUUAGAGAUGUGGGCGAAGGAAUUAAGGAACUACAAACAUGGGAGGACGUCAACCCCUCCCAGAAGUGGACCCAACAGAAGAUAUCGAACGAGUUCAGGAGCACCUUGGAAGAGUUCCAAAUAAUCCAGCGUCGUGCAAUUGAGAAACAGCGCGCUUCAGCCGCGGCCGCACGUACUGCAGUCGAGGAGGAGGGACAACCAGCAACAGACAAUGAUUUACUGCUACAAGAGCAGGAGUUGGAAGAGCAACAUCGCAUGGCUAACCAAGGCGAAGUGGAUUUCCAAGAGUCGCUGAUUAUUGAGCGCGAGACAGAGAUCCGAAACAUCGAACAGAGUGUUGGGGAGUUGAAUGAGCUCUUCCGCGAUGUCGCGCAUAUCGUCACAGAGCAGGGAGGCCAAUUGGACAUCAUCAGCGAGAACGUGGAGAACGUCACUCAAGACACCCGAGGCGCCAAUGUCGAAUUGCGCAGUGCCAGCAGAUAUCAGAAGAACGCACGAAACAGGGCAUGCUGCCUCUUCGUGAUUCUUGCUGUGAUCCUCCUUAUCAUUGUACUUGCAAUCGUCCUCGGGUAA